CAGAAGAAGAGGAACAAAAGAAUUUAUCAGUAAUGAUGGCUUGGUAUAAUCCAAGCUAGAGAAGAUGGGGUAGAACAAGAAAGAUCUCUUAUCUAAUUAGCAAUAGCUUGUUCUCUAGUAGGCUGAAAAACACAUUUAUGGGGAAGAAAGGAGAGGGAAAAAUAUGGCAACAAGAUCUCUUGGAAAGAUGACUUCUUUGAAGCUAUGGAUCAUUAUACUUCUUUUGCUAUUUGGAUAUAAUGCUGAAUCUUGGACCUAUGGACCUAGCAGUUCAGUCCUGACUCAGGAGCAGAUGCAACCCAUGAAUAUUGAGAUCACCGCAGCUGGGUUUGUACAGGUAGAUACCAAGACUGUUUUCUCCUGCUAUACUAUCUCAGUGAAGAAUAUUGUAAUGGCAAUGUGGCAAAUACCUGGCAGAAACAAAAGUUCCUGUAUUGUGGCCUACAGAUCAGAUACGAAGGAAAUCAAGAAAGCAAACUGUUUUGAUGAGAGGAUAAUCUGUGAAUUUAUACCUGAUUGGAAUUUUGUACUUCAGCUAGACCCAGUGAGCAUUGAAGAUGAUGGGUAUUACAAAUGCAUUAUUAUAACCUCUGAUGGAAAUUUCCAAACUGGUCAUCAGCUCAAUGUAUUAGUGCCUCCUGAAAUAGCCUUGACUACAGAUGGAAAUGGGUCUGCUGUAUGUGAAGCUUCUGCUGGAAAGCCAGCUGCCCAGAUCUCCUGGGUCCCAGAGGGAUAUUGCUACAGUGUGAAUGAAACUCAUGGCAACAGGACAGUGACUAUGAGAAGUAUAUGUCACUGGAAUGGACUCAAUGAAACUAAGGUGACCUGCUUCAUGUCCCAUUUGACUGGGAACAAGAGUCUAUCCAUAGAACUUCUACCCCAUUGUAUCAAGCAUCCUGCCCUAUGGUCAUUCCACAUCAGUCUUUGUGUUCUCUUGAGCUUAAUGACCAUCGUGGGAUUCAUCCUCAUUUGGAAAGCUAAUUGCUGCAGGAAUCAUGAGUCCCAAAGAUCACAGUUUAUUCCAAAUGUUAAUAUGGAAGAGCAAACUUAUGAAAAUUACAUGAAGAUUCUAUACUUCGAUCAUGAAAGUAAAAAUUGACUUUGAAGACACCUCAUGAAGAUCUAUAUCCUGAUCCAUAUUUUUUUUUUCCCAAUCCUGUCAACUCACUGAACAAGGAUUUGGGAAGAAAGAAUAGAAUUGGAAAUAUUAUUUCUAACCUGCCUAGAAUUCUCCUCCUUCCCUCCUUUUCAUUUACCUAACCAGAGAAGAAAAAGUGAUGUUGAAGCAUGUUGGGGUCCCUUUAAGAAACUGUAUUUCCUAUUGAUCUGUGAUUCCUUUCAGAUUCCCAUCCCCUCCUGACUGAGGCAUAUUUUCCCCAGACAAGUUAUCUUUUCAGGAUGCCAGAACCUUUGAUUCAAUUACAAAUCCUGGUCAAAAAGCAUCCCUUUGAAUUCCAAUAGGAGAUCUAGGCUUGUCCCAGCCUC